GACCCUGAUCUCCAGAAGCGGCUACCUCUUUUGCAGAUCAGCCGCCUGCCGAAAGACAUGCUUGGAAAGGCGGCGAGCUGCGAGCCCAGCCGCAGACGGCAUCGCUGGGUGUAGCUUGUUUUUGCCCGUUGGGCCUUUCUGUCCCUUCCGCUCGGACUUCUGGAGUGAUCCAAGCCUGCAAAGCCAGGCGGAGGAAAUGGCCAUCAAGCAGCAGCGCGAAGCAGAGCUGACGGCCAGAUUUCGGCUGGGUCAGACCCUGACGCCGGAGGAGAAGUCGGAGUUGUGCAGCUCCAUGAAAGCAUCCAGUGAGUACUGGAUCUCCAACCAGAUGCGCUUGCGCUAUGCAGAUGAUUUCCAGGCCCUUGAGAGUUUCAAGAUCACGGAGGUGAAGUUGGAACCCUUCGGAUUUUCCAUGGACACUUUGGAGGCGUUGGUGAAAUGGACGCCGGAACAGGUGUCCUGUAUGUUGGAGGGGCGGCCACCAACGCCCCCGCCUGCAGGAUUGAACAUGAUGAAGAUCCAGCAGGCGGGUCAAUCACUGCCAACGAUUAUGAGCCUGUCGGAUAUGAAGAAAUUUUCUUCCUUUGUCGCUGAAGGGAGCGAAGCACUCCAAAGUGAGUUGGUGCAGGAAGAGCUGAAGACUUUGACUACAGAGCACCAGGCUUUAAUCAGUUUAGGAAGCAACUACCGCCAGUUUGAUCCUCGCGGAAAGGAAGCCUACUUGGAUCAGAUCGCUUUGGUUCAGGAACGUUGGAAGAUCUUCAUGACCCGCUUCCAGCUGAUGGGGGAAUUGAACCCGGACUUUCUGGAAGAAUCACAAAGAUACUUGAUGCAAGUAGGGAUGACCAUCGAGCAAUUCAACAGCCUGAUCCAAGAUGUCCAUCAAAGAAUGAGAGAAGAUGCGCAAAAAGAAGCGUUGCGAUAG